AUGUUUGCAAAAACAUUGCUAGUAAGUGAGUGGAUGACUGGGAAAGAGCUUAACACUAAAAGAGGAGGAUCAACAGCCAUUAACAGAAAUGUAGAAGAGAAUGCUGAAGUAACAACAGACACAGCUGUCAAAAUAGCUGACCUUGCAGGAGAGGGGAGUGUAGCAGCAGUAGCAGCAGAUGCUGAUUCAAGCUAUGACUACUGUCUGCUGAAGGUGAUAAGUGACACAGUGCUAGAGCUCUCUGAAGAUAUCACAGAUGACUAUGAAAGUGUCUACACCACAGCGCAGGAAGUGCUUAAUAGAACUUCUUCCUCAGAGAUAAUUUUAUUGAUAUGA